ACCAAGUAGGCGUGUCACUUUCAAAGAAUCUCGUUAAUGUUUUGUAUUGUGUUUCUGUUCAUUUCACAAGGCCCGAUGACUUUGUUUUAAAACCACGAACUUAUUUAGCUUUUAGUUUUUUUUUCUUUUUAAGUUUAUUAUAAAAUAAAUUUUAUAAAAGUCCUUUCGAAAAGAGGAACCCGUAAUUUAAAAUUGAUGGAAUAAACAAAUCGAGUCAAAACGCUGUGUGAGUCAUGAAGGUGGUUCUCGUCUUAUUUCUGGCCUUCUUCCCCGUUUUCCUCUGUCAGAAAUACAACUCGGAUCCCCAGGAAUGGAAAUGCCCCAGGCAUUGGUAUCAGUUUCAGAGCUCAUGCUACAGAUUCAUCAAAUCACCACUUCGCUCCAGAAACGACGCCAGGAAAAACUGUCAGGCCUAUGAAGCUGACCUUGUGAGCAUCAGUUCUUCUGAAGAGCAUGGGUUUUUGGUUCAUCAGCUGUUAUGGCAAGACCCUCAACAUCGUAGGUGGUAUGUCGGAGGGAGACAGCAAAGCCCCGACUAUUGGGUCAAUGAUGGAGACGGUACCAACAUGGCUGAUUUGGAAAAUGCUUUCUUCAUAUCUACAGAUUACGUCUCAGUUCAAAAGGAGUAUUUAACAUAUAGAUUUUCGAAUGAAAUAAAACGCUGGGGAUUUGAACCGGUUAUGGGAGAUGAACCACUGCUAUACAUAUGUGAGGUCCCUGUUACAAAACUGCAUUACUUAGUUGUUGACGAUAGAACUCAUGAGUAUGGAAUCGAUGUGGUGGACCCUGAAAAAGUCCCAGUUGGUCCUCACUUUAUAAAACAGCCAGAGAACAUUGUUUACGAUACGGCCAAAAUCUCUACUAACAGCUAUGUCACAUUAAGUUGCCUUGCAAACGGAUAUCCAACACCUACUUAUGAAUGGUUCAAAGAAAAGCCUGAAUUGGUAAAAUCUGUCUUCCAGAAACUUGAUCCAUUAAAAAAUUCCAAAUAUACAAUUAGCGGUGGUUCUUUGAUCAUACAUCAACCUGAUCAGACAUUGGACAGAGGGAAUUAUCACUGCAAAGCUAGCAACAAAUAUGGAUCUAUUAUCUCUGAAACAGUAGAACUUGCAUUUGGAAGUAUCGGCGAAUUUAAUUUAAAACGUUCUGCUGAAUCUGGACAAGAAAAUUGGGGUAAAACAAUGUUCUGUGACCCACCCCCUCAUUACACGGACGUCAAGUAUUACUGGGCCAGGGAUUAUUUUCCGAAUUUCGUUGAAGAAGACAAAAGGGUUUUUGUGUCGUACGAUGGCGCUUUAUAUUUUUCUGCUCUAGAAAACAUAGAUAAAGGAAACUACAGUUGUAAUGUUCAAAGUAAAGUGUCUGAUACGGGGAGAAAUGGCCCGUUCUUCCAUCUUAAUGUUAUAAGCAACUCCAAUUUUCAACAACUAAAAUUUCCAAAUAACUUUCCAAAAGCCUUCCCGGAGGCUCCAGUUGCAGGGAAAGAAGUGAGAUUAGAGUGCAUUGUAUAUGGAUAUCCCAUCCCCUCAUAUAACUGGACAAGGAGAGGAUCUGUGCUUCCGAAGCAAGCUCAGUUUCAAAGCUAUAACCGUGUAUUGAUAAUACCAAAUGUUCAAGUAGAAGACCAGGGAGAAUACGUUUGUCGAGUGUACAACGAUCGAUCGGAGAUUGAAAACAGCGUACAUCUAACAAUUCAAGCUGAGCCAAAUUUCACAAUUCCUUUAACCGACAAGCAUUUAGAUAACCAUGGUGACCUCACCUGGACAUGUGAAGCAUUUGGCAUCCCUGAUGUAACAUACAGUUGGUGGAAGAAUGGAGAACCUUUAGAUGAGGAUCAUUUAUCAGAUUUAGAUAAAGAAAGAUAUAUUAUACAGGAUAAUGUUUUAACUAUAAAAUAUUUAGAUCUUGAAAGAGAUCCAGGAAUGUACCAGUGCCAGGCAAAAAAUGUUUUAAAAACUGCAUUGUCUUCAGCACAGCUAAGAGUGUUAUCAUUUGCUCCUACUUUUAAAAAGAAGCCAUUGGAGCCUGAAACCUAUGCAGCUGAAGGUGGAAACAUUACCGUUAUUUGUAAUCCCGAGGCUGCCCCAAGGCCCAAGUUCACUUGGAAAAAAGACAACAACGUAAUUGGCUCUGGCGGGCGAAGGAGAAUCUUGGACAAUGGAAAUUUGGUUAUUUCACCAGUUUCACGAGAUGACGAUGGUUUAUAUACAUGCAUAGCACAAAACACUUAUGGAAGUGAUGAAAGUUCAGGAAGACUUAUUAUAAUGAAGGGCCCUACAUUGAUAGAAAAACUACCUCCAAAAAUUACAACCACGACUGGGAAAAAUAUCUAUCUGUAUUGUUCUGCAUCAUCCGAAGAAAUUUUAGAUAUAGCCUACAUUUGGACACAUAAUGGGAUGCUGAUUAUCAAUUCUUACCACACAAACGUUAAAGUUAAAGUGGAAGGUGGUCAAUUAAAUAUAUACAAUGUAACGUUUUCCGAGGCUGGUGAAUAUGAAUGUGUUGUAAAAACUGCUGUUGGGAAAAUUUCAACAAAGACAACACUGACUGUUGAAGGCCCUCCAGGACCACCAGGGGGUGUACAAGUAAUCAGCACAAAUACCGUUAGUGCUGUCUUGCAAUGGACUGAUGGCUCAGAUCAUGGAAGGGAAGUAUUGUACUACCAAAUUUCAGGGAGAACACAGUACAAUCAAACUUGGACCAUCCUUGAGAGAAGUACAAGAGGGAGGGAGAUUGAUCGUUACAAUGGCAGAAAAGAAGCGAGCGUCAGUAAUUUAACACCUUAUUCUCAAUAUGAAUUCAGAGUCCAAGCAGUGAAUGCUUUAGGCAUUGGUCAGCCAUCAUUACCUUCUCCUAAGUACAGCACGCUUAAUGACAAACCGUACAAAGCUCCAGAAAAGAUAAGUGGAGGCGGAGGAAAGAUUGGCGACCUUAUUAUCACUUGGGAGCCAAUGCCUCCCCAACACCAAAAUGGGCCUGGAAUUUACUACAAGAUCUUUUGGCGUCGUCACAACAGUUCAGAAACUGAAUUUCAGUUUGAAGUGCUUAAUCAUCAAGGAAAUGUAGGUGUCGCCGUGAUCAGGAUUCCCUUCGAAUAUUAUUAUACUCUGUAUGAUAUUAAAGUUCAGGCUGCAAACAAUUUUGGUUAUGGACCUGAAUCAAAUAUCACAACAAUAUACUCAGCCGAGGAUAUGCCACAGGUAGCACCACAACAAGUUUACGCCCUCGCCUAUAACUCGACGGCUGUAAAUGUCACGUGGAAACCUAUUGAUAACACUAGAGAAAAAGUCAGAGGAAAAUUAAUCGGCCACAGGCUCAAAUAUUGGAUGUCCAAAAACGAAGAGAGUGAUGCUGUGUACUAUUUAAGCCGUAGUACCAGACCUUGGGCAUUAAUUAAAGGCUUGCAGCCAAAUACGUACUAUUACGUUAAAGUUAUGGCUUACAACUCAGCUGGAGAGGGUCCUGAAAGUGAAAGAUACUUGGAGAAAACAUUCAGAAAUGCUCCACAGAAACCCCCAUCUUCAGUUAAUAUAUUUGCCAUUGAUCCAUCAACAGUGAGAGUUGUCUGGCGAUAUGUUCAGCCCACCAAUGAAGAAGAGCCAUUAAUUGGAUUCAAGGUGAGAGUUUGGGAGGUGGAUUUGGAUAUGAGUACAGCAAAUGACACCAUAAUCUAUGUCGAUUCAAAAUUGGAGGCAUAUGUGAGAAACCUCUCUCCAGGGAAGACGUACAACAUGAGGGUGUUGGCAUUUAGCAAUGGAGGAGAUGGCCGUAUGUCGUCUCCGGCAUUUACAUUUAAAAUGGGUGAUGACACAAUACUACGAAGUGCGGCCAGUACCUGCACUUAUUUUGCCUCACUCGUUGUUUCACUUCUUGUGAUAUUUUUCCGUCCAUAUUAAUUAAUUGUUACAUGUUACUUACUAAAAUUUAUGUAGUAUUUGGCACAAGUCAAAGACUGGCUAAAUGUAUGAGAUUUUUCUUUUUUUAAGAUAGAGCACUGGUUUGUUCAUACAAUUUUACAUUUUCUUAUAGAGCUCAUGGUCCAAAGUAAUUUUUUAAAAAUAAUGUUAAUAAUGUUCAAACUUGUACAUAAAGCAAUACAACUCUUGAUCAUGUAUCAAGGCUGAUCAUGUAUAAAUAUGAAGACACUAUAAAUGCCUCAUACUUUUUAAUA